AUGGAUACCAUCAAGAACGCCGCCAACUACGUCUCCGAGUCUGUCCAGCAGGCCGGUGCCACCGCCUCCAAGGAGACCAACAAGCAGGUCGCCAAGGACUCCGACGCUUCCCUCACCAGCCGUGCCUCCGCCGCCAAGGAUGCCGUCGGUGACAAGUUCGACGAGUCUUCCCACGAGGCCAAGGCCGAUGUCCACAAGGAGUCCGCCAAGCACUAA